AUGACCACUCCCCAAAUUAUCGACGAUACCAUCCUAUUGGGGCGGUCAGGGCUUGCUGCGACUGCUCUACUUGUUUACGAUGCUAUUUUGUGCUUCGACUAUGAGUGGAACCUGAUUUGGAGCAAACGACCACUCAGUAUGCUUGACUGGGCUCUGGUCAACGCUACUGAAAUCAGCAUCAUGAUACCUUACGUCGCAUGGGCAAGCCUGAUGUGCUUCUUCGUGCCGAUAGUCCUCACUAUCACAGCCUCCGUACUUGAUAUCAUGGAUCACAACACGAGUACUCCUCGGUCCGAGCGCGCUGGUAUCGUCGCUUCUACAAGAGACUGUAUUACGACGGUUCUCAUCUCGCGCUUCCUAUUGCAGCUCGGCAACUUGCAGGAUCGCAAGGAAAAUGAGCACGGGAUCAUACAAUCACACGCCUUUUCCGGCGUCAUCACAACGGGAGUCCCUUCCUUCCAAGAAAUGACGUCUGGCUUCUAUGAGGCCAAUAUACGCUCCCCCUCCAACGCGCGACGGGAAGAAGCAAUGCCCACGAUAAGCCACCAGCGCCAGGUAAUCGGUUAUCGCGUUCAUUUCGUGUAUCACGCCUGA